AUGGUGCAGAGGGAGAGAGUGGAGAUGAGACGACAAUUUGUACAUUUUUUCUCUCUUCUCACGCACUUUCUCAGUCCCGAACACAAUACCUCCCCCUCGAUUACUUCUUACUCAAUCACUUACUUAUUCCCGAACACUUCACCUUCUCCUCAAUCACUUCCUCAGUUCCGUAGUCAUUCAUUUUUUCGCAAUCACUUCCUGAAAUUGCCGAACACAUCUUUUCCUUCUCAAUCAUUUCCUCAGAAUCAUACUCUUUUCUUUCUCAAUCCCUUCCUCAGUUCCGAACACAUCACUUCUCCUCAAUCCCUUCUUCAGUUCCGAAUACAUCACUUCUCCUCAAUCCCUUCCUCAAUUCCGAACACAUCACUUCUCCUCAAUCCCUUCCUCAGUUCCGUAAUCGUUCCUUUCUUAGCAUCUUUCCUUUCUUCAGAAUCACUUCCUCAUUCCCAAACACAUCUUAUCCUUCUCAAACAGUUCCUUAGGAUCGUACUCUUUUCUUUCUCAAUCAAUUCUUCAAUUCCGAACAGUUCAAUUUCUAUUCAGUCACUUUCUCACUUCCGUAGUCUUUCUUUUCUUCGCAAUCACUUCCUCAUUCUCGAACAUCUCUUUUCCUCCUCAAUCACUUCCUUACUCUUGUACUCUUUUCUUUCUCUAUCACUUCCUCAGUUCAGAACAGUUCACUUCCUCCUCAAUCACAUCCUCAGUUCAGUAGUCUUUCCUUUCUUCACAAUCAUUUCCUCAUUCCCGAACACUUCACUUCCUAUUCAAUCACUUCCUAAUUCCGUACUCUCUUCCCUCUUCUCAAUCACUUCCACUGUUCCGAACACUUUACUUAUUCUUCAAACACUUCCUCAGUUCAUUAGUCUUUCCUUUCUAAUCAAUCCCUUUUCUCACUUCCCAACAUAUCUUACCUUCUGUAUCACUUCUUUAGUUGCGUACUUUUCUCUCUUCUCAAUCACUUCUGAACAAUUUACUUCCUCUUCAAUCACUUCCUCAGUUCCGUAG